UGCAAUCCCUGGGGGAGGUCCGAUGGGACAGGAGAAGGAUGAGCACGCUUCUCUUGAGCAAUAACGACAUUGAAUGACGACUACCUGGCUUUCCAAUGGAUGUAGUAUUGUUGUUACUUGGAUUCCUGCUCGAACGCGCCUGGGCUCUUCCGGUUCCCGUAGAGUCAUCAGGCCAAAUAGGCGCGCAAACGCUACCCGAUGUUAGCACCAAACUCACCGUUCCUUGGGCGGAUGCUGUUAUUGGUGCUUCCUACUUUGCCAUUCCGGUAGAACUGGCCUUCUUUGUCUUCAAGCUCCCAUCAACGACUUUGUAUCAAAAAUGCGUAGGGGGACUCUUUGUUGCAUUUAUUCUAUUUUGCGGAAUCGGGCACUUUCUGGAUGCCAGCCAUAUGGGCGUUGAAUGGGUUAUUGCCGAUAGAUAUCUGACGGCAGGCGUCUCCGCCAUUACAGCUAUCGCAAGUCCGUAUGUCUUGAAUUACAGCGUGGAGGCCAUCAAGGGAUUCUCGGAAGAGUCGAAAUUGGUGGAAAAGCAGCGGGAUAUGCUGGCAGACGCACAGGCGCUGACCCACCUUGGCAACUGGGAGCUAAGAGAGGACGAAAAAACUGGCGUCCGGUGGAUUAAUGCAUCCGACGAGUUUUUCCGAAUAUUUGGCAUGGAACCGGAUACAUAUGAAGCCAACAGGAUCACUUACGAUAGAUAUUGGAAGUGUGUCGCGCCAGAGGAUCGAGAAAAGAUUGACAAGGCGGUUAGCGAAGCUUUGUUGAAUGGAGACUCAUACCACAUCAUACAGCGGAUUCGAAGGGAGUCGGACAGGAAGGAGGUCUAUAUUCGCGGAUAUGGAAAGCCUGUGAUCCGCGACGGAAAGAUUCAAGGGCUCCGUGGGACGGCGCAAGAUAUUACCUCCCAAGUCUUUGCUGAAAUGGAAUUGACUAGGGCAAAGGAAGAGGCGCUCAUUGAAUCCAAGCACAAAGACGUGUUUCUAGCAACCAUGAGUCAUGAAUUGCGCACUCCUCUCACAUCCAUUAUUGGACACGUCGAGCUAAUGGACGAAACACCCAUGGACGAGACCCAAAAAGAGUACAUGUCCAACGCUAGACGGGCUGCAACCACGCUCUUAUCCUUGAUCAACGAUAUCCUUGAUUACAGCAAGCUGACCGCUGGAAAGGUUGAUUUAGAUCUACGUGUAACCAGUGUAGCCGAGAUUCUGGAUGAUGUUCGCGCCAUUUCUAAAGAUCUUGGAAAGGAGGUUACUCUACGAGUCGACUCGUACGAUGGGCCCAACGUGAUUGGCGAUUCCACUCGACUGAAGCAGAUUUUGUUAAACCUUGUCAGCAAUGCUGUAAAGUUUACAAUGCCUGGUGGAUACGUCUUUGUUACCAACACGUGGACAGUGGACAAUGCCGACAGAGUGAACCUCACCAUAUCGGUCCGAGACACAGGCAUUGGUAUGUCGGAGCAAGUAAUACAACGGCUGUUCAAUCCGUUUACCCAAGCAGACGCAUCAACGAGCCGCCGAUUUGGUGGGACGGGAUUGGGAUUAUCGAUCGUCAAGAAGCUCGUAAAUGCCAUGGAUGGGUCCAUCGAAGUAACUAGCGAGGAAAAUAAGGGAUCAACUUUCACAGUCCUUUUUAAACUGCCUAAAGCGCACGUCCUUCCACAAGAGGUGCCUGUUCCCGACAAGAUGGGCAGCAUGCGUAUCCUUGUCGCUGAAGACAACAAGGUUACCCAAUCUCUUCUUAAGCGGAUGCUGCGUGACUUUACCGUCGACGUGGCUGAUAACGGCCGCCAAGCUGUGGACAUGGUGAAAAAGAAUGAAUCCUAUCACAUGCUUUUCUGCGACUUGAAUAUGCCGGUACUGGACGGCCUGGAGGCCACCCGCGAAAUUAGGAAGACGACCCAAGGCCGUGAAAUAUUCAUUGUUGGCUUAACUGCGAAUGCGUUCAAAACCGAUCGCGAAAACUGUUUAAAAGCUGGGAUGAAUGACUACCUCUCCAAACCGUUCACGAAGCUAUCUCUACUGGCUAUGAUUGCGAAAGCAAAAUUGUCCGGGUGACACAGCUUGAUUUCCAGAGCACGUUGAGUGGCCAAAUGAACCUGAAAGUUUCAAAAGGAGUGAUACUGGAUACUUGCCUCUCCCAAUAUUCCAAUCGAGAACGACUGUCGUUGGCUGCAUUUAUUGUCGUCUACAUGGGUGAUCGGACUCUUUAUUUUGCCGGCGUCGUCCGACUGACACGGUCAAAUGGAAUCUUUCGCGACCCCGUUUUGCUGCGUCCUUGACUCGGUGCACAAUGCGGCGGUUAAUGCAUGUGCUGCAAGUCCCGGAAAACGCACCUGUAUAAAAGAGAUUUAGAAACUUGAGACUUGAGCCAACAUAUGCUCAUAGAUACGCCGGUUUUUACACUCUGCUACCGGGAACCAAGGUACACCCCUACUUAUUACGCACGUUUUCUUUGGCGACACAUGGUGUCACCUUUUACGGGUGAGAUUGAGAUUGCUACCCGACAAUACAGCGGUUGACUAGUCGGCAGCUGAAGAAAGAAUCUCUGGAGGCAGAGAAUAUUGGACAUGGUUGUAAACAGUUGUAGAGAAUUGUAUUGGACGUGCGCUCAAGAUUAAGCCAGUCUUGAAUUUUAUGGAACGUUUAAUAUAAGCCAAUGUUUUGUACACAAGUCAUUAAUACUGCCAAGUAUAUAAUACACGAGUCGAACC